AUGUGCAAAGGACCGGUGACUUAUUUCGGACCAUUUUGGUGCACUGUCAGUUAUACGCUUUUUGUGGUAUUCUGGACACUUCUUUUAAUUAAACAAAUGAAUUCACAUUUAGGGAGCAGGGUCGGUUGUGGGUGUUUUGAAUAUGCACACUUUAUACUUCAAAAUGCUGAAAAUACGUGGCGACAAUAACGCCAAAGUGAAAAACCGAUUAUUCGCUGUGCAUUAUUUGUUGCCAGUGACUCAGAUGGUAAGCGGCCAUGUACGUACGUAUUCGAUAAAGUCAUGUGGCAUUUUCCAGAUUUGUUAUUACAUAGCCCCUUUUGACAUUGAGAAAGUCGCUACAGAAGUUAAAAGGGUGCACUCUUCAUACAACUUUGACGUGUACGACACAAUUGGUGGGCUGGCAAACUCUCACAGCAUCUCGGGAGUUCUAAAUACUUCCAUAACUAUCAGUCUUGCAUUCAUUGCGCCGAUAUUCGGUUUUAUUUGGAGAAGCAACUGUCGGAAGGUUCUGAUGGCAAAUCAAACGAGAUUGUCGCGGCAAACUAUGCUCAACUUCAAAUCUGUGCUUGAUGUGAGUGACCUUUGA